CGAGGAGCCAACAUCAAUGAUCCAGGCGGUCCGCUGUGUGAGGGGAUCACACACCACUCCAUGAUGCCCUGACUUGUGGGAACUUCCAUGUGGCUCAGCUGCUAAUAACCAGAGGAGCGUCCGGGACCCAGAAGAAUGCCAAGGGGGUGACCCCGCUGGGCAGUCUGCAGGAAUGGAUUCAGAUGUACGGCAAACACUUGGACAAGGAGACCCGCCAGGACUGCAGAGAGACCGAGAAGCUUCUGCGUGCAGCUCUGGCAGGAAGAGUGGCUCAGACCCCCAAACCUAAAGGAGAACUCCAGGACAGUGAGCUGUUUGAUGCUGAGGGAUCCCAGUCUGUGGCCCCUCCCAGGAGCAGUACCCAGACAGGGAGGACAGGCGCUGACAGACGGACAUCCUCUUCCAGGGAUCUGCUUCGGUCUAGUCUGGAAGCCGAGAAGGAGAUGACUCCUUGCUGGACCAUCACCCAGAUAAGCAGGGAGGGGCCCCUACAUGAGGAGGACUCGGAGGACCUUCUCACCCCCCUGAAGCCAGUCAAGAAGAAGGCUCGGUUUGCGCUCCAGAAGUCAUUCUCCAACUUGGACGUGAUCCCGGCAAGGAAUGAGGCUCCUGACUCCCCCAUCCCCUCCUCCCAUCCCCGACUUUCUGAGGGAGGGAAAGAAGCAUACCAAAAAGCCAUCCAGAGCCUGGGGAGUGCCAAAUCCCGACUACUAAGCCAAUCCUUGGCUCAGCCAGAUCUCACUGAUGAAGGUUCUACCAAAGCGGCUCUGGUGCCAUCAGAGGAGUACCUGGGGGAUGAUUGGCUGGAGGAUGACCUCAGGAGUGAAUUUCGCUCCAGAAAAAGGUUGCACAGGUCCCCCACCCCCGUAGAGAUAGAGGAGCUGGAGGAAUCCAGUGAAUGUGAAGAGGAGGAUGGGCCUGAGGAACGAUGGAGGGACAAGGUGGCUCCUCGCACCUUGACAUUGUCCCGUAAACGCUCCAGGCAGACCAAGCUGACCCAGAUUGUAGACAGAGCCAUUGUGGGC